AGUAGAACAAAUGGUGAAAUGACUGCAACUGCAUUUGCAGGUCAACAAGAAAUCGCCCAGAUGGGAACCAGCUGGCUUUGAAAGAUGUCUCUGCCGAGGACCUGAACCUGAAAAUGACGGGCGGUAUCAUAAGUUGUGAGGGGUGGAGUCGGUGCGUUGCUAGUGGCCGUUUGUAUGGGCAGGCUGUUGCAGUGAAGUUUGCCUACUUAAACACACAACGUGCGGAGGCUCUCCUGAAGGAGGUAGUUGCCUAUCAGAAGAUGGAGAAGCUUUGGGGGGUUUUCGUCCCUCGAUUAACAGGAUAUGGAACUACAUGUACGGGUCGGGCUGUAUUUGUCGUCAUCGAAUCGAUUGAUGGCGUUGAACUUGGAGAAAUAGCAGUGACCCAGGAGGUGAAGACUCCUGCACUUGAAGCGCUCGAUGCAGUCCAUGAAUGCGGGUUACUUCAUGGAGAUAUUGAGGCACGUAAUAUCAUGGUAGUGUGGAGAAAACAGCCUCCCGUCCGCUUCCUGGAUUUUGGCUUCUCGUGUGUUACCAGGAGCAAGAAGUUACGGAAGGCAGAGCGCGUGCGCUUAGAAUACCUCUUGGCAUACAUGUGAGCUAGCGGAAAAGGAACAAGUGCUGCAUGAUAUCCUUGUAUUUAGCCCUGUUAAGUGUAGAGUAAGCACCUGUUCAAGCAAGCUUUCAUCAACCACCUCAGGAAAAGGCUCGGACGUGGCUGAAAUACGGGGGGGUUUUGUUCCACUUUUCGUGCGGUGUUCGAGUGAAAGCAUUGAGCUUCGUCUUGUGAGCACCUUAUUUCCAUCGAGUCGGAUGGCGACCGCUAUUGAUUCUGUAAUGAUAUGCUCCCUUUCAUAUCGUUUUGUGAGUAUGGGAGCAGAUUCUAUCAGAUUCCAAAACAAUAUCAAUAUUCAACAUCAAUGAAAAGAGAGGAAACUUUAGGCAAAAAUUCAUAUU